AUGGCGACUUAUAUAAUGUAUAGGAAUACCACCUUGGGUGAAGCAUUGCAGAAGACUCUAGAUGAUCUGAUAAAUGAUGAUUUAGUUACGCCAGCUCUUGCUCAAAAAGUAUUAGCAGUAUAUGAUAGAGCUAUAAACAAGGCUUUAUCUAAAAUGGCGAAGAACAAAGUGUCUUUUAAGGCGGACAAACUCCGAGCAUAUCGUUAUUGUGAUAAUGUGUGGACAUUCUUAAUGGAGAAGGUAGAUUUCCGUGAAGCGAUAGACGGAGGGCCUGUGAACCGUGUGAAGUUUGUCGCUUGCGAUGGAACGGCAAAAGCUGCCGUCUAA